CUGCAGGGAAGGACGAUCGUGCCUCGAACCUGCCUAUCAAGAUCCAACUGUCGUCCUGGAUUGCAGCUGACGCGAAAUUAAACUCAGCCUUGCGUCGAACUUUGCAGCGGUCUAGCAUGCUUUUAGCUGUCGAACAGAGCGGUGUCGACAAGAGCCUUUCCCUUUCAGGGUUUUCUUCUCGUGGCCUGGUAUCCACUAGGUACCGCAACUCCUGAGGAGUGCAGAGUGCAGUCAAAACAGGCGCUGGGCUCGUGGCCAAUGGCUGGGCUGCUCCAUCGAUGGAUCGCGAUCGCGUCGACAUGGAGGAGAAAUAUUCUUUCGGGGCCCGCCACGAGCUCCAUCGCCCCUUCUCCCCUUUUUUUCUCCCUUAGUUCUCAACCCCAGCCAGCCAAACGCAACGAGCUCGUUGUGUGGUCUGGGCCGGUUGAAGCGUGCCAAGGUACUUACAGGUGCAAAUUGGGGACUGGAAACCUGGAACUUGGAAGGGCCUGGCUAUCUGUCAAUCGAAAGCUCCGCUGCACUACUACUGCGCUGUCGACACCCCAACUCCAAGGCCAGUCGCUGCCCAGGGCUGGUGGUAACGUUGUUCGGAUAGCAUUGCCACGUAUUGGACACCCCCCGGCGCCAGCGACCCCGAAGCAGCUUCCCCCUGGCCCUUCGCCGUCCCGAUCCAGACACCUCCUGUCGUGCUCAGCUAUAUGCCCGACUAAUAUUCGGCCUGGUCCUGGGCAUCCUCGUCGUCUUCAUCUUUCCCCCUCCUCACUCUCUAGAUCUGUGUGCGACCUUGCCUUAUCUUCUCUUCCUUGCACUCGCUCGCCUUUCCUCUCAAGUUCUCCGCCUGAGGUGUUACUAUAUUACUAGUCGAUAUCUUUAAUAUUUCGUGCAUUUUCGUCCCCCCUCCCCCUCUCAGCCCUGGGACCAUUUCGAAUCCACCUGUUCCAUCAGGGGAGAAUCCAGCAGCUCCGGAUCGCAUCGACAGCGGUAGUCAACAAAAUCGAACGAGCGGGCGACGGCGCUCUACUAAUAGCUACGGGUAGGCACCGCGCA